AUGCUCUCUCACAUCAUAUCGCAACUGCGACCAGGCGCCGACUUGAGCCGCGUGACGCUCCCCACCUUCAUUCUCGAACCACGAUCGAUGCUGGAGCGCAUAACAAACUUCAUGGCACAUCCGGAGACACUUCUUCCUAUUACCAAGGUUGACGACCCAGUGAAGCGAUUCGUAGCAGUGACAAAGUUCUACCUGAGUGGUUGGCACAUCAAGCCCCCGGGAGUCAAAAAGCCGCUCAACCCCAUCCUGGGUGAAAUCUUCACAGGUUACUGGGAUUACCCAGACGGUACCAAGGGCUACUACAUCUCUGAACAAACAUCGCACCACCCGCCCAAGUCAAGCUACUUCUUCAUGGCACCCGAACACAACAUCCGCAUAGACGGUACCCUCAAGCCUCGAAGCAAGUUCCUUGGCAACUCUGCCGCGAGUAUGAUGGAGGGCAUCGCAGUCUUACGACUACUAAACACUGGCGAAAGAUUUUUUGUUACGCAACCCAACAUGUACGCGCGCGGAAUCCUCUUCGGAACGAUGAAGUAUGAGCUCGGCGACCACGCAUACAUCCGGUGCCCCGAGACAGGCCUCACUGCUGAUCUCGAAUUCAAGACCAAGGGUUACUUCAGUGGAACAUAUAAUGCUAUCGGCGGCUAUAUCAAAGAUCCCAGCGGCAAGAACUUGUACGAGCUCUCGGGUCAGUGGAAUGAGGAGAUGUACAUUAAGGAUUUGACGACUGGCAAGAAGGAGCUAUUGUUCGACGCGGCACAUACCAAACAUACUCCGCCAUCGGCUCGACCUAUCGAAGAACAAAACGACCGAGAAUCGCAAAAGCUCUGGUAUGACGUGUGCGAGGCUGUAAAACGGAGGGAUCAGGAUGUGGCAACCGAUGCCAAGGCUAAGAUCGAAGACAUGCAAAGGCAGGAAGCUGCGAAACGAAACAGCGAGGGUGUAGACUGGCACCCACAACUUUUCAGACGUGUAAAGGGUGGCCACGGCGGACCUGAGGAGGGUGAAGAAGACCUCGACUGGAUCAUCAACGCCAAAAUUGAUGGCAAGACCCCCGACGAGGUUGUCAAACAGAUUCUGCAGAUAUACGCUAUCUUGCCAGGUCAAAAGCCAGAUAGGCAAUUCAACAUCCCCUCGCGGGCAAACGAUGCGCCGUCAACGCAGCCACAAGAGGCAGCACAGCCAGCAGAACAAGUGCCAGUCGCACAAUCAGUACAGCCUACAGAAACUUUGCAGCCUGUACCGUUUGAGCCUACAAGCGUGCAAUCACAGCCAGCAGUCAUGCCAGGACACCAAGAGCAGAGCGUUUCCAAAAACAGCAGCAUCCCCAGCGAUCCUAGCAACCCACCUACGAUACCUUUGCAAAAGCCUAUGGCGCAACCCAGUGUCAUCUCACCCGAGAACCGGGAGGUAAUCUCGAGAGAACUGCCGCCUAGCAAACUUCUCAAUUCAAACCCCGAGCCAGAACCACGGAAGGACGACCUUUUACGGAGGACAGAUAGUGAGACGCAGCAGGAGGAUGAAUUCCAUGAUGCGCAAUCGUGA